AUGCGUGUGCUCCUGUGGUUCCGUCGCGACCUGCGCCUGCACGACAACUUGGCGCUCCACAAAGCACUGGCGCUGCUCAACGCGCCACCAAAGACGCAGUCGACUGCAGCCGUUGGGUUCCUCCCGCUGUACAUUGUGCGUCGGCCCCAAGUAAUGCGCUGCGGCGCCACCCGCUUCCAGUUCAUGCUCGAGAGCGUCUCGGACUUAAGCGAAGCAGUCGAAGCGCGCGGGGCCCGUCUGCUCGUGGCCACUGGCGACAGCGUCGAAGUGCUGCGGCGGCUGUUGCCCGCGUGGGGCGUCACGCACUUGUGCUUUGACGCGCGCGUUGAGCCGUUUGCAGUGGCGCGCGACCGCCUCGUCCUGUCAUUGGCCAAACGUCUCGGCGUGCAGACGCACGUGACCAAUGGGUACAACUUGUACGACCUCGACGCGGUGCUCGCGGCGAACGGCGGCGCUGCGCCGAAGACGUACCGCGCGUUCCGAAACGCAGUGGCGUCGCAGCCGUCGCCGUCGCUGCCGCUGGAGGCACCAGCGACAUUGCCAGCUCCGAAGAGGACGCGUCGAGAACUGUAUGGCCAAGUGGAGGAGUAUUGGCAAAGCCACACACGAGACCAGGACACGAAGGAGCAGGACGAACCGAUGGCACCGUUGGAUAGCAUUGCCGGACCCGAGCGCGAGUUUACGUUACCGGACGCAAAAGCGUUCGGGUACACACUACCGGAGAAACACUCGUUUCUCUACGGAGGCGAGCGCAAUGCUCGAAAGAUUUUAGAGACCUAUUGUCGUGAGGAAGGUCGUGUCGCUACGUUUGAGAAACCUAAGACGUCUCCGGCUCAGAUAUCGCCAAGUCCAUCGACAUCAACGCUGAGCCCGUACUUGGUUUUCGGAUGCCUCAGUCCGCGGACGUUCUACCAUCAAGUCCGAUUGAUUCAGAAGAAGCACAAGAAAGCGUCAGCACCCCCUGUGAGCUUGGACGGACAGCUCCUGUGGCGAGAAUUCUACCAUUGUCAUGGCCACGCCAAUCCGUAUUUUGACAAGAUGGAGGAGAGCUCUACUUGCUUGCAGAUCAAUUGGCGGUGGCAUUCCAUUCCGGAGACAGAAGACGAUAUGACUGACGACGACAAGCUUGCUCGCACCCAUUUUGAGGCGUGGAAAAACGGGCAGACUGGGUUUCCAUGGAUUGAUGCUAUCAUGAUCCAGCUAAAGGAGGAGGGCUGGAUCCAUCACUUAGCGCGUCACUCUGUAGCUUGUUUCCUCACACGUGGUGACUUGUACAUUUCGUGGGUACGUGGACUCGAGGUGUUCCAAGAAGAGCUCAUUGAUCACGACUGGAGCCUAAAUGCCGGCAACUGGCUCUGGCUCAGUAGCAGCUACUUCUUUACGGCGUACUUCCGCGUGUACUCUCCCAUAUCUUUCGGGAAGAAAUACGAUCCGGAAGGCCUCUAUAUCAAGAAGUAUAUCCCAGCGCUCAGGAAGCUGCCAGCCAAGUAUAUAUACGAGCCGUGGAAAGCUCCGCAAAGUGUGCAGGAUACGUCGGGGUGUCGCAUCGGCAAAGACUAUCCUGCUCCUAUUGUGAAUCACAAAACCGCAAUGGACAGGUGCUUGGACGGGAUGAAGAGGUCGUUUGCCAAUAAGCAGUACGGUAGUCCACCACCUUCCUCACGAAAGCGGCAGCGCGAAGAAUCAGCGAAUUGA